GAAUCAAAGGCAUUCCACUACACAGACCACCUUAUUGCCGUUUAAAAUACACCAGUUUAGUUUCUCUUCAUGACUGCUGGUGAGGACAGUGAGCUCUCCGGGGAUCUAAGUUUGCUUCGAGUCUCGUAGUAAAUAAACAGGCAGUCUGAAGAUGGACGGGACCAAUCACAGUCUGUUUGAUCCGAGAUGCAGGGAACAAGCUCCUUUGGCAAUCGAUGUUAUUAUGCAGUUGGACAUAUUUGGCAUAGUUCUCUUCUCUGUCCUGACCUUCAUGGCCACAGUGUCCAUUCUGAUCUUCAUCGAAGAAUGCAUCUAUAUCUAUAAGAAAGUGCCUCCAAAUAAAAAAACCUUAAUCAUCUGGGUAACUGGAGCAUCCCCGGUCAUUGGCACCAUGUCUUGUUUGGGCAUGUGGGUUCCAAAGGCCACGAUGUUCUGCGACAUGACGUCAGCCACAUAUUUUGCAAUUGUGAUCUUCAAGUUCCUGAUUCUCAUGAUCGAAGAGGUCGGAGGGGAUGACGCGUUUCUGAGACGCUCUGAGAAAGAAACAUUGAGGAUCAGCACAGCACCCUGCUGCUGUUGCUGCCCGUGCUUGCCAAACGCUUUCAUCACACCGCGAAAUCUGUUCAUGUUGAAAUUGGGGUCCUUCCAGUUCGCUCUGUUAAAACUGGUCUUCACCAUCCUUUCCAUUGUGCUAUGGACAAAUGGCAACUACGAUCCAGCUGAUGUGUCUAUGAGCGGUGGAGCCAUAUGGAUAAACUCAUUUAUCGGAAUUCUCACUAUUGUAGGACUGUGGCCUGUUUCUAUCAUUUUCAUUCACUUGAAAGAGUCCUUACGUGUCCUUAAAAUCGUCCCUAAAUAUGCCAUGUAUCAGAUGGUGCUGAUUCUCAGUCAGUUGCAGACGGCCAUCAUCAACAUUUUGGCAAUGAACGGCACUAUUGCUUGCUCGCCACCCUAUACUUCCCAGGCCCGUGGAUACUUAAUGAGUCAACAACUGUUGAUCGUGGAGAUGUUCAUCAUCACGUUAGUUAACCGAAUUUUAUACAGACGUCAGUACGACCCAUUGCCAGAAGAGGAUGGUGAGGAGGAGAUAAAGAAAACCUUAACCUCAAAAAGUGCUGUGGACAAUGUAUGAGAAGAAUAGACUGUUUAGUGUGUGAAUGUGUAUUUUCUUUAUAUGAAUGUGUGUGGUUGUAUCUGUGUCAUUUCUUGACGUUACUGUCCAUUAGUCGAGUACAGAAUGAAUUAUAUUGUAAAGUCCGAGACUUUUCAGAAUUAUCAAUUUGGUAUAAAACGCACUACAACAUCACAGCAGAAUGACAAGAACAACAGAUUCUUGUUUCUUGUUUUCAACGUUUCUUUUGAAUGUCCUUUCAGGAAUUUUUGUUGAAAGGACAACAAAGCCUUGACUUAUCCUGACUCAUGGUUCUGAUAAACUGAGAAAAUGUCAUGUAUAUGGCUUAAUGAUAUAGGCUACACAAUGACUUUUGGAAUUGUUAAAAGGUCAGAUAGGAUUUAUUUGUGUUAUUUUGUAUGUAUAUUGUGCAUUUUUUCCAACAGUGAUGUAAGAGGCAACACAAUAAAGGACUUCUUUUCAUGCUUAGAGACAA